AUGUCUGCGGUGGAGAUCAACGAGGCAGCGACUGCGCCGUUGAAUGACAAUGACCAGUUUUUCAAGGACCUCACGUGGACGCAGCGGGUUGAAGGCUUCUGUGUUCUCAUGUCGCUAGCCGUCUUUUCGACGCUGAUGAGCUGGUUUGCUCUCGGGAUGAGGUCCUACUGGAAGUACAGCAUGCUAUCCUCCCUUGGUAGCUUUCUCUCCAUGCUAAGCACCAUCGUCCUCAUGGGUCCCUCAGCGCAGCUUGCGUACAUGUUCGACGAGUACCGCUUCAAUGCCACAGUGCUCUACAUUGGCUCUAUGCUUUUCGCCUUCUUUGUAGCUGUCAUCUUCAAGUCAGUCUUGCUGUGUUUCCUGUGCGGUGUCCUGCAGUACUCCGCCUUGGUGUGGUACUCCCUGUCUUACGUCCCCUACGGCCGCGAGACACUUGUAAACAUCAUUCUGCGCCGUUAA